AUGGAGACGUGGCCGGAGCUCCACAAGGCUGUCAGAGAGGCGCUCAAGUCGCUCUCCCCCGGGGCUGGGAGCACGAUGGUCGCAGCUGACCUCGGAUGCUCGUCGGGGCCGAACACGCUGCUCGUCGUCUCCGAGGUGAUGAACACGAUCGGCGCCCAUGUCCAGGAAACGGCAGAUAACUAUAGAAGCCGCGCCAUCAUUGAGGUGCAGUUCUUUCUGAAUGAUCUGCCGGGCAACGACUUCAACCUUGUGUUCCGGUCGCUCGAUCAGCACCAGCGGCGGCUCCAAGGCCUGGCCGCUGUGGAGGAGAAGCAGGCAGCGGUCCCUUGCUACAUCGCCGGACUGCCUGGAUCCAUGUACACAAGGAUUUUGCCCUGCCAGAGCGUCCAUCUGUUCCACUCAUCCCACUGCCUCAUAUGGCGUUCCAAGAUCCCUGAGGAUCUCUCAAAUGGAACACAUGUGAAUGCUGACAACAUCUACAUUGGGAAGACUACUCCAAAAGUUGUGGUAGACCUGUUCCGGGAACAAUUUGAAAAGGACUUUGAAUUGUUUUUGUCACUACGGCACAAAGAACUUGUAUCAGGUGGCUAUAUGGUACUAACAUUUGCUGGCCGGAGACGGGAAGAGAUGCCAAUGCAAGGCGGCGUGGCACGCGUUUGGGAAGUUCUUUCCCAAGCGCUCGAAUACCUAGUCCCCAAGGGCCUUGUGGAGAAGGAGAAACUAAGCUCCUUCAACAUGCCAUACUACGCACCAUCACUAGAUGAGGUGACACAAUUGAUUAAGCAAAAUGAUCUAUUCGACAUUGAAGACAUCAGACUCUUUGAGUCAAACUGGGAUGCCUACGAUGACUCAGAUGGCGAUGUUGUUCUCAAUUGUUCCAGUAGCGCAGAAAACAUUGCCAAGAUUAUAAGGGCUGGUAUUGAGCCACUGAUCAUGAAUCAUUUUGGUGAGGAUAUCCUUGAGGAACUGUUCAUGGUGUAUGCGGCGAUGCUUGCAAAGAACCUUGAGAAAGGGAAGGCCAUGUGCCCUGUCAUUGUGGUCAUAUUGAAUAAGUCCGAGCUUUGA